AUGAGCGAGAAAAGUAUUCUCAUUGUCGGUGCCGGCAUCUUUGGUGUCAGUACCGCCUAUUACCUAGCAUGUAGCAGUUCCAACCCUUCUCGAAUCACGCUUUUAGACCGGGGAGCCCCUCCUUCCACGUCUGCCGCGUCAACGGAUAUCAACAAGAUUAUCCGCGCGGAUUACUCCAACCCUUUGUAUAUGACUCUUGGUUUUGAAGCCAUCAAGGCUUGGAAGUCCCUCCCGUUUUUCAACGACGCGGGUGUCUAUCAUCAGUCAGGAUGGAUUGCGAUGGAUGAGAAAGACAGUGAUCUGCCCCACCGUAUCAGGAAGAACUUCUCCGAGAGUGGCCGUGAUGACGUGAUCGUCGACAUGACUGAGGAAGAGGUAAAGAGUCGCUGGGGUGGACUGCUUCAGAGAACAGAUUGCAGUCCCUUUGGGUCCUACUAUUUCAAUCCCUCGGCGGGAUGGGCCGAUGCCGGGAAAGCAUUGGCCAUUAUGGCUAAUGAAGCCGUGAAGAUGGGCGUCAAGUAUGAGAUUGGCGAGGCACGAAGGGUUGUCUGCGGAGAAGGCGGGAUGCAUGCAAUUGAAAUAGAUACUGGUGCAGCCUUCAAAGCAGACAAGAUCCUUCUAGCAACAGGAGCAUGGACAAGCCAGUUAAUGUCUUCCGUCGAAGAUGAGCUGGAACUGUCUGACGAAGAGCGAGUAGAGAACCAGGCAUCUGCGGCUGGCGUUUGCGUUGCUCACUUUCAGCUCUCGGAAGCCGAGAAAGAAGCAUACUCGCAGCUACCGGUGUUUGUAUAUGGCGGACAAGGAGAAGUAAUACCUCCAACGGAUUCAGGGAUCCUCAAAUUCACAUUUGCGACGUCCGUCAAAAAUAUAAUCAGCACAGCCUCUGGUCAUGAGAUAUCCGUCCCUGUUCCGGACCAAACAAUGGCUCCGCCAGGUCUCCAAGAGGAUUCGAUGAAUCUGAUUAGGCCACGUUUACCUCAGGUUCUGGACGGUGGCCGCAAACCAGAUUAUUAUCGACUUUGCUGGGACUCUAUUACCCCCGACCAACAGCCAAUCAUCACUAGACACCCAAAUCCUAGCCUUGCGAACCUGUACUUCGCGGUAGGAGGCUCGUUCCAUUUUUACAAAUUUCUCCCAACAAUUGGGAAGUACGUGGCCAACGUUCUGAACGGUGUUAGCAACGGCCUGCAGAAGGAUCAGGCCUGGGCGUGGAAGCCAGCCCACGAGAGCAAGGGGGGAGUGCAUGAGAAGCUGGUGCCAACGAGAGUUUUUCGAGACUUUUGUAUGACUUAG